CACAGACAUUUUUCCUUUUGUAAAAGUAACCAUUGCGUUGCUAUUUAUGCUAGACCAUUUUGGGUUAUCAAAUUAGAGGGUGAUAUUUGGAAAGUGCACGCGUGUGGGCGCGGUUUGGAACGUUUGUUAACGCCAAGUGAGAACUUGUGAUCAGAUUGAUUGUUUGACAUCGCUGUUGCUUUGGAGUCAGGAGUCCAUUGACAAGAAUCCGCAGUCGUUGGUGGGAGGAUGAGCUGCCCCAAAACGGAACCGCACGUAGUCAAGGAGGAGGUGCUAGCAACUGGAAAAUGGGUAAAGCUUGAACGAACUACGUAUGUGGAUCCUGCUGAUAAAAUCAGGACAUGGGAGACUGCAAAGAGAACAACAAGACCUUCCAACACAGAUGCAGAUGGUGUUGGAAUCAUUGCAAUUCUGAAAAGAACCCUCCAUAAAGACUGUGUUGUCAUGGUGAAACAGUUCCGUCCACCAAUGGGAUGUCAUACACUUGAGUUUCCUGCAGGUCUCAUAGAUAAUGACGAAACUGCAGAGAUCGCUGCUUUGAGGGAACUGAAGGAGGAAACGGGUUACAAGGGAGAAGUGGUGGGAGUCACUCCAGUCACAUGUUUGGACCCUGGGCUUUCCAAUUGCACAACUCAGAUUGUCAUGGUGAACAUCAAUGGGGAUGAUGUGGAAAACGUCAACCCUACCCAACAAUUAGGUGAAGGGGAGUUUGUUGAAGUUAUCCUUCUUCCUCUUGAUGAAUUUCAAAAGAAAAUCGAUGAGGUUAUAAAGAAGGGAAACAUUUCGGUGGACUCAAAGGUUUACAUUUAUGCCAUGGGAAUGUCUCAAGCCUUCUUCAAACCCAAUGAGUUGCCUGUGCUCAAACAGUGAAGCCUGUGAUCUACCUCUUUCCCUGGCCUACUCAACACAUGUGGCAUUCCCAUACAGCUCUGGUACGGAGGACCUUGCCAGGCAAAAGAUUGCUGGAAAGAUGACAAGGAAAAAAACAUACUUGUUUGUUUGUGAAAUUAUGUUGAACUACUUGGAGUGCAAGUGGUGAAACCUUAAUGCAUUUAACCACCACCCCUUGUGUGGUUACCCUGGCUGUCUAAAACAUUCCUAACAUUCUAACUAAAUGUAGCACUGUUCGUCAGUUUAUAACAUGAGAAGUAAUUACAUUAGAUACUGUAGUUGCCUCUGUGUGCCUUCCUGGAUGUCGAGGUGCUGAAUGCACUACUAUCUUUGCUGCUCUGCAGCUGAGAGAACAGUAUGGCAAUGGUGCCGCUGUAUUAGAAGUCUUAAUUAAUUUUAUAUGGACUAAUAAAAAUGUUGCUGAGA